CACCUAGGGCGCCCCGCACGGCCAUGGGUUAGGGCGGGGGCGCGAGCCGCGCAAAGGACCAGCCCUGUGCAUCCGCCGGGGGGCGCGGAGCCCGAACGCCGCUCGCCGCUCGCCGGCGCCAGGCAUGGGGAGCGCGGCGUGAGCCCGCACCCGGGGAAGACGGAGGAGCUGCGGAGACGGGCGCGAGGAGGAGGAGGAGCAGGAGAGCGGUGGAUCGGAAGGACCCGAGGGAGGAAGGGAGGGACUGCAAGCGAGGGAAAAGUGAAGCUGGGAGGAGAAGGCGGCGGAAGGUGGGGAUUGAUGCUUCUGUUUUUUGUUGCCGCUGCUGCCCUCGCGCUGGGAGCCGAGCCGGAGGGAAGGCAGUGGAGAGAUGAUUGCAGAGUUGGUGAGCAGCGCUCUGGGGCUCGCCUUGUAUCUCAACACCCUGAGUGCGGAUUUCUGCUAUGAUGACAGCCGUGCCAUCAAGACAAAUCAGGACCUUCUCCCUGAAACGCCGUGGACCCACAUUUUCUACAAUGAUUUUUGGGGGACCCUUCUAACCCACAGUGGCAGCCACAAGUCCUACAGGCCACUCUGCACUCUUUCUUUCCGCCUGAACCAUGCCAUCGGAGGCUUGAACCCCUGGAGCUACCAUCUCGUCAAUGUCCUACUGCACGCGGCCGUCACGGGUCUCUUCACCAGCUUCUCCAAGGCUCUCCUGGGGGAUGGAUGCUGGACCUUCCUGGCUGGCUUGAUGUUUGCCUCGCACCCCAUCCACACGGAGGCGGUGGCGGGCAUCGUGGGCCGGGCCGACGUGGGGGCCAGUCUCUUCUUUCUCCUCUCCUUGCUCUGCUACAUGAAGCACUGCUCCACGAGAGGCUCCUCGGCCAGGACCUGGGGCUGGUUCCUGGGGACCGGACUGUGUGCGGGAUGCAGCAUGUUGUGGAAGGAGCAGGGAUUGACGGUCCUGGCGGUGUCGGCCGUGUAUGACGUCUUUGUGUUUCACAGGCUGAAGGUGAGAGACGUCUUCCCCACCAUUUACAAGAGGAAGAACUUGUCUCUUUUUCUCAGCAUUAGUUUGUUAACGUUUUGGGGCACCUCCCUUUUGGGUGCCCGUUUAUACUGGAUGGGAAACAAACCACCAAGCUUCUCCAACUCUGACAACCCCGCCGCCGAUUCGGAUAGCCUCUUGGCUCGCACCCUCACCUUCUUGUACCUGCCAACCAAGAACCUUUGGCUGUUGCUCUGCCCGGACACUCUCAGUUUUGAUUGGUCCAUGGAUGCCGUGCCUCUGCUCAAGACGGUCUGUGAUUGGAGAAACCUCCACACGGUGGCCUUCUAUGCUGUCCUCCUCCUCGCCUACUACGGUUUGAAGAGCCCAAGAGGAGACCGAGAAUGCAAUGGGAAAUUUGCAGCAAAUGGCAAGCAGAAUGCAAAUGGACAUAGCUGCCUUUCGGAUGCGGAGUACCGGAACUCAGAGAUUAAGCCCAGCUUUGCAUCCAAAGUAGAAAAUGGCAUUAAAAAUACUGCAUCGCAGAGAACCCAGCUUCCUUCUACCGAGAACAUUGUUGUUCUGUCUUUGUCUUUGCUAAUAAUACCUUUUGUUCCUGCCACGAACCUGUUUUUCUAUGUUGGCUUUGUCAUUGCAGAGCGAGUAUUGUAUAUUCCUAGUAUGGGCUUCUGCCUCCUCAUUACCGUGGGUGCCAGAGCCCUUUAUGUCAAAGUCCAAAAGCGGUUUCUCAAGAGCUUGAUUUUUUAUGCCACAGCUACGUUAAUUGUUUUCUAUGGACUCAAGACGGCAAUCAGGAACGGAGACUGGCAGAAUGAGGAAAUGCUGUAUAGGUCAGGGAUAAAAGUAAACCCAGCCAAAGCGUGGGGUAACCUUGGAAAUGUUUUGAAGAGUCAGAGCAAAAUUUCCGAAGCUGAAAGCGCCUAUAGAAACGCGUUGUACUAUCGAAGCAACAUGGCUGACAUGCUUUACAAUUUAGGGUUACUUCUCCAAGAGAACAGCAGGUUUGCAGAAGCCCUUCAUUAUUAUAAAUUGGCGAUCGGGAGCAGGCCUACCCUGGCUUCUGCGUAUUUAAACACCGGUAUUAUUCUGAUGAACCAAGGAAAGACAGAAGAAGCCCGCCGCACGUUCCUCAAGUGCUCCGAGAUCCCCGACGAAAACCUCAAGGACCCUCAUGCCCACAAGAGCUCGGUCACCAGCUGUCUCUACAACCUGGGGAAGCUCUAUCACGAGCAGGGACAUUACGAGGAUGCCCUUAGUGUGUACAAGGAGGCAAUCCAGAAAAUGCCAAGGCAGUUUGCCCCACAGAGCUUGUACAACAUGAUGGGCGAAGCGUACAUGCGAUUAAGCAAGCUCCCCGAGGCUGAGCACUGGUACAUGGAGUCGCUGAGAUCCAAGACGGACCACAUCCCUGCUCAUCUCACCUACGGAAAACUGCUGGCACUCACAGGUCGUAAGAGUGAGGCUGAAAAGUUCUUCUUGAAGGCUAUUGAGCUGGAUCCCACCAAAGGAAACUGUUACAUGCAUUAUGGUCAGUUUCUUCUGGAAGAAGCUCGCCUCAUCGAAGCAGCCGAGAUGGCCAAAAAGGCAGCUGAACUGGACAGCACGGAGUUUGACGUGGUCUUCAAUGCUGCCCACAUGCUCAGACAGGCUAGCCUCAAUGAAGCAGCUGAGAAGUAUUAUGAUCUGGCAGCCAGGCUGAGGCCUAAUUAUCCGGCGGCUCUGAUGAAUCUGGGAGCCAUCCUGCACCUCAACGGCAGGCUCCAAAGGGCCGAGGCCAACUACCUGCGGGCCCUGCAGCUCAAGCCAGAUGACGUCAUCACGCAGUCCAACCUCCGCAAACUCUGGAACAUCAUGGAAAAGCAAGGCUUAAAGACCUCCAAGACCUGACACGGGAGGGCAGCCCCUACCUCGUCCUCUUCCAUAUCCUAAAGCUGGCUUCACGGACGCACAGAAUUUCCCCGCGGUGCUGUGACAAGAGCUAGUUUGGACUUCACGGCCCAGGGCAGAGAUCACUGAGGUUGCUGCCCCUUCUGGAAGUACCCACUUUGCUUUUGGCACAGCCACUAACACCAAAAAAGGGGAAUGUUGGAAACCUCCUAUAGGACAUAAUUGUCACCCAUAGAACCGUAAACCAGAGCACUUAAAACAGCAUCUUUUAGCAUCUGAAAUGGGGGGGGGGGCCUCAGUUGCAAAUGUUGUUCAUUUUUGAAAGGUAACUUCGAAAUUGUACUGUUCCUGAAACACUGUGAGAGGAAGACAGAGUGCCUGUGCAGCCACCGUGCACUGUCAAGGUCACGUGUUCAUGGGGAGUGAUUGAAAAGGGGGGUGGAUCCUGGGAAGCCGCCGGUUGUCCUGACGCUGCUGUCUUCCCUCUUUGGGACAGCCUGCCUAUCAUUUUCUAAAACUUAGAGAACUUUUUUUUUUUUUAAUCGUGUGUCAGGAUCUGUCAGAGUCUACCUUUGUUUCUGGACUAGUGCCCAUAAGGUUUUAUGAUUCAGCUGUCAUGGUCCUUUGGGGCAUUCCUUUGCUUUUCAUGUGCUGAAAAGGGUGAGCAGGUGCAAAGCAAGCCACGUUUCUCACUGGUGUUGUAGGAGGGGCUGGGGAGGCCUUAUGUGUGUCAGGCAGGCAUUUUUUACUCUGAUGUCACCAACAUGCUCCACCCCCCCCAAAAAAACAAAAAUGCCUAGGAGAAUCCAUUGUAUUAAUUCUUGGGCUUUUGAAAUUGCCUUUUGAAAUGGCUGUUCCUGGUUACUGCUCAUACUUAUAUAGGGAGUAAAUCAAAAGGAAGCUUAAGAAAAAAAAAAAAAAGCAUUCUAGUUCCAAUAACUAAACAGCAUCCAUUUGACAAAAGGGAAGAUGCUUUCGUGCCUCCCAGAUGUUGCUUGCUGGUUUAAAAAUCAAGUCUUUGCAAGGGAGUGUAUAAUGAUGGUUGCCAGUGAUAUUCUAUUUGAUUUGGUAUGAAAUACUAGUCACUUUCUAAUAGGUACCUAAAUGGCAGCGCUGAUAAGAUUUGAGGAAUUAUUUUUAAUCACACUCUGUUCUUCUCAAAAGAUGUAAAAAUGACUCGUCAUCUGCAGUAGACUGUAGCAUUAGCCACGUGUUCUAGGGCUCCUGCCAAGUGCUUUUCACCGUUGAAAACUAUUUUUCACUAGCAAAUUCGGCAUUUUAUUUCAUUACCUAUUAGUAACCACUUCAAUGAUGAUUUCACCAGUAGAAGACUAUAAAUGAAGUAGAGAGAAACAUUUACUGAACAUUUUUUUGACUUUCAGUCAAAUGUUGCUACUAAAAAUUAACUUUGUAAAAAUGAUAGUCCACUCUCAACUUCCUAGAGAAAGUAGCUACACAGUACCCUAAGUAUUUAUUUAUUUAUUAUUCUACCAUAGCAGAAUAACAAAACUUGAUUCAUUACCAGUUCUUUGCAACUUAAAACUAGCUUUUUCUCCUGUCCUUCCACACUGUCUAUAUCGUCAGCAUCCCCAUUUAAGGGAAGCUGGACCUGCAAACACAUCAUAUUAUGUUUUCUUCGUAUUUUAUGUUUUGCUUCAUAUCUGAAUACGGUGAGAUAAAGAAUUUAACGUAGCUUUUCUAUGGCAUUAGUGUUUGGGCGAGAAGGACAACAUAGAGAAAGAUUUGUUGAUGGCAUUAAAAGAAGGUCCUCUUAAUAUGUGUAUUAUUUUGUAAACAUUUUACUGAAGGGCCACAAGUUAAAGUAUAACUAAAUCACUGUGUUUUCAGAAUGGUGUUUAAUGUUUCAUAGCAACAGACCCGUGGUCAAACCAAAAACGUGGGUUGGAGUAUAUUUUUCAUCUUCUAGGACCUUGGCAGUUGCAAAAAAAGUGGGGGUGGGGGGAUUUAAUAUAAGGAUAUAGAGAUGAAUUCAAUGUUUAACAUUUUUAUUUAUUUAAAUAGUUAUUGACCUAUGAUGACUUCCUAGUCUUAACCUUGUGUCUUUAUUGUUAUCAUUCUUCCUUUCAAACACUUGGUUCUUGAUAGAGUCACUGAUUGCACAGAAGCGCUUCAUGUUGACCCAGUUCCCAAGUAGCAUUAAUAAUUGGGCCUGUGUCAUAAAAUGCAUGGAUCAUUAAUAACUAAAUGUCCCCGACACCUUUCACGACAGGGCUGGGCUUAGUAAGUGACCACGUGGGGGGGGGUGGGGGGGAGGGCUGGGGGGAGGGCUCCAUAGAACAUGGUAAAAAAAAAAGAAGUCUCUGCUCAGGGAUUUAUGGUGGAUUAUUGCAGACAGUGCUAAAAAUAUAGAGCACAAGACAAGUUUACUAAAUUAAAAUUUUAUUUUUUGAGAAACUGUUAUUUGUAUAAAUUAUCAAGAUUUGUAGGCUUUCCUUUUGUAGAAAUAAUUGUUUUAUGUGCCAGAGAAUUCUGAUUUUGUUUUCAACAAUAAAGCAUUGAUAACAAAUGUGUCA